AUGGCUUGGACAGAUGAAGGAGGUCAGAUGUCCUCCCAGGCAUAUGCUGGGGCUAAACUACCUCCACGUCUGAAUUCAUCUCGUGGAAGCCUCACUUCCCCUCAGCUGAUGCUCUUCCUGCUGUUCCUGCUGAUGCUGCUGUUCACACUGCUGGGCAACCUGCUCAUCUGUGGCCCCGUCUGGAGCCAGCGAAGCCUCCACACGCCCAUGUACCUCUUCCUGUGCGCCCUCUCUCAAGUCUCCGAGAUCCUUACCGUGGCACUUCAUCCCGGCAUGCGCGACCUGCUGUCCGCGCAGCGCUCAAAGCCCGCCUUCCGCUGUGCCAGUCAGAUGUUCUUCUCCUUCAGCGGCUUCACCUCUGUCCUGCUCACCGUCAUGGGCUACGACCGCUACGGCAUCUGCCGCCCCCUGCGCUACAAGUGUCGCGAGCCCGCGAGGCCAUGCCUGAUGGGCUGCUCCUGGGCUGGCGCUCCGUCAUGGGGCCUGAUGGUGACCCAGCCUUUCCACCUCACCUUCUGUAGACCUGGUGGAAUCCACCAUUUCUUCUGCCACGUACCACCUCUGGCGAGAGUUGGCCUGUGGGCACGAUGUGUAAUUGAAAUUUACAUUGGCCAAGCGUGGGCUCUAGUGUGUAUCACGAAAGCCCUGCUGGGCUGUUUUCUCCUCAUCCUCCUCCUGUCACCCUUCAUCGUGGCCGCCAUCUUGAAAGAUCCCUUCUGCUGAAGGCAGAACAAGGCCUUCUCCACCUCGCUGCCUCUCACCUCAUAGGGUGUGGUUGUGCACUAUGGCUUUGCCUCUGUGAUUCUGAAGCCCAAAGGUCCUCAGUCUCUGGAAGGUGACACCUUGAUGGGCAUCACCUACAGGUCCUGCCUUAGUUCCUCCUGA